AGUAAAACAUGUGUUCCAAAGGAAGCAUCGUUAUAAUUACAGUAGUUAUGUAUUUAACGUGUAUUAUAACCGUAAAGGCAAGUGGACUAAGUUUAGAAGACAUAGAAUUACAUAGAAGUCGGAGGCAAUUGUUGUUUCCAAAUUCAACAUUAUUGCAAUUGAACAUCGGCUUGGGGACACCAACUCCAAUUAAGACUAUCAAUUUGAACUGGGCAUUUCAAGCAAAUUUUCAGCUGCCCUGGAACAGAAGUCAAAUACCAGUUGACAUUUUUGGUGCUAACUCAGGCUACGUGAGCACAGCAAGGAAGAAACGCGAAUUAGAUAGUAAUUACGAGAAUAACGCGAAAUUAUACCAUUUCUACAAAUAUGUGGAGGGGAUGUUGAACGGUUUCGGACAAAAUGGUACGUCAUGUGUACUACGAACAUUAUGUCAGCUCGGAGCCGAACCACUUCACUCUGUAAAUAACGAGGACCUUCUGCACGAAAUAGCUACUUUCAUCCUGAAUCCACUUAACGAUAUAACGGAUCAGAAAGACGAAGACUCCACAAAUUACGUGCAAGCGUAUGAAGACGGUCGAAAUCAACUAGAUUGUCAUUUAUUAUAUAACAAUUGUACUUUAUCUUUAAUAGAUUUAUUUACAACACUUCAUUAAAAUAAUAAUAAAUGUUUUUACGUAUUAAAAAAAACCAUAUAAAAACUUAUUUAAGGUUAUUUGUAUAUCUUUCUGAUUAUUUAUAAAUCUUGGAGCUCGAAAUUCCCUCGGGGAUGUUUUUAAUAAUGUCGGGAUACUGUUGCGUCACAAUAUACAUAAUUAAUAUUAUGUAACUACACAAUAAUUGCUAUUAUUCAUAGAAUCUUAAAUUUCAUUUAGUACCCAUUUGUGAACUUGUUGUUUAUAUUAUAAAAAUAAAAUAUAUAUUUAAAAAAAAUUAAUCAUCCAAUAAAAUUGAAAUA